AUGUCGACUGCUGCUGAUUCGAAGGAAACCAAGACUGGAGGUGAGAAGAGCGAGUCUUCGCUUCGGCGAAGUUUGAGAGUGGCUGGAUUGCCAGCCGAGGUGGUGCCGACGGAGUCUGAGACGCCCAUGGCGAGAAGAUCGACUGCGGGAUCCCGGACAACCAGUGCUGAGGGAGAAGCUGCGUCGUCAGGCGAGGCUGCGUCAAGCGCUGAGCCGGAGGUGCCACCAAUGACGGAAACUGCUGUACCGCCACCAAGUUCGCCCGAGAGGAAGAAGUCUGAGGAUGAACAAGCCGCAGGUGUUAACCCGGAGCCAACUGCUGCGGAUCUCCGCAGUGGCCAAGCCGAGGGUGGUGCACUGAGCGUGCUGGGAAGCCGAGAGAUGCAGCUGCGAGCUCAAGGUGCUGCUGGGACUGGGACGGGUCCGGUCCAGCUCAGCUUUACUCCGGGAGCUGGAUACUUCGGAGCGUCAAGUGGUGGCGGAGCCUGGUCAAGUUCACUCUGGCCGGACCAACGCCCCUACCAGAGGCUGAGAGGAGUCCCCGAAGGAGUCGAGGCUGACAGCCGAGCCUUGUCCCAGCUGUCUGAGCUAUCGGAAGGUGAGAUGCUCGCGUACGGCCGGACCCAGUUCGAGAUGUGGAUGUCCGUGCCCGCUGGAGUCGUGCACCCGGUGGACGUGGCCUACUCGCCAUGUCAUGGAGGCUACGAUCUCUGGGGUUUCAUCCGAGCGGCUGGAGCUACGGCCAGACACUUGAUGUCUGUGACUCGAUCGCCCGCUGCGAGAUGGCUGAACGUGUUCCAUGCUGAACGUCGACGGAUUCCUGUCGUCUCCGACCUGAAGGCAGUGCGCGUGGCGCUGAGACUGAUGCCGCCCAUUGCAUGCGCCGCUCUGUUGCAGACGAUGCUGCAUGAAGCUGGCUAUGAGUUCCUGAACCAAGUCCCAGUGUGGCACACGCUGUCUGAAGUUGCUGGAGUCCCGGACUCGCAGAUCCGGUUUGAGAUUGUGCGCAUUGCCCGAUUCCUCGGAGCUGAGCUCAGUGCCUGGAAGGCUGCGGUCGGGUCAACCCCAUACUACGUGAGGCCGACCUCAGACCCUCAGCUGAUGGCCACUCAAGCUGCCGAGAUUAAAGUUGGAUUCCCUCUGGACAAGGAUGGAGACGCGAUCAUGGAUGAGGACACCCAGCUGUUCCUGGGGCCCGAAGUCGUGAUGCGCCUUCAGCUCACUGGUCUCAGACCUCGGAGCCCGACCUCAAGUGUCGAAGGUGAGCCGUCUCGAAAGCGUGCAUUGCUGACGAGGUCUUCUGCUAGUGGCUCAAUCCCGAGCUACCACGAGUCUGGCGAAGCUCCUGCUGAGACUGCGCAUUCCGUAAUGAUCGAGUGCCCAGCAUGCUCAUUCCCGGGAAUGACGAUCUCGCUCACACCUCAGCUUACUCAGGCUAGUCCCGUACCGGCCAGAGCUGAGCAGAGGCCGUAUCGACCUGAGCAUCCAGCCCAGAUACCGCUGCCAGGCAGUCCUGAGUCCAAGCGCCCAGCCCCGAAGCAAGCUGAGACCCGACAAGUGCAGUUCACGGGAUUCCGGUUUGCACAUCCAUCAGUUAUCGGCUCCUCCGGGACGACGACUUCGGAUGACUUGCCCACAGUCGAGCGAGACUACCGGCGAGCCCUUCAGCAGAGUGAAGCUACUGCCUGGGCACGUCUUAAUGCAGAGCAGAACCAACGCCGAGCUCUUGAAGCACGGUUGAGUGCCGCUCUGGCCGACAACCAGGCGGAGCAAGCCCGACUGCAGGAGGAGUACCGGAAACUUCAGGCGACCAACGUUCGGAUGUCCGAAGCCCAACAGCAGACCAAGACGGAGCAGCAGAAGCAACUUGAAGCCUUGGAGAAGCUGGCCCAGCGCCGCGCCGCCGAAGAAGCUGAGAAGCGCAAGGCGGACGAGGCUCGAGCUCAGCAACUGCUCCAAGUUCUGAAGGUGCUCCAAGAGGCUGAGGUUAGGGCUAUGCAAGCUGAACAGCGGAAGGCGCAGGAAGAAAGAGCUGCCGAGAUCAAGACUAAGCACGAGCUGGAACUGCUGAGGCUGAGAGAAAAGCAUGCGCAGGCAGAAGCAGAGCACCACUCAAGUGAUUCGUCGCAAGAUGAGCUCGAAUUACAGUUUGGUGCUGUGGCACAACCUAAGGGGACUGAUACCAGUUCCGGAACUCGUGUGGUCGUUCAAGCGAUGAUCCCCCAUGACGCUUUGGAGAAGUUCGACGAGAAGGGGCCGCUGGAGAACCGAGUCAACUGGUGGGAGAGGUUCAUGUACUACGCUACGAUGGCCCCCUGGGACGAGAAGACCCGGGUGGUCCAGCUACGCAUGCGACUCACGGGUUCCCUCAAGGAUUGGUGCACUCAGCUGCCGGAUGACGUUCGCUCGGACUGGAAGAAGUUGUCUCACGUCUUCAAGAAGAAAUGGUGCCGUACGCUGAGCUCCAAGGCUGAGCGGUACUACUCGAUGGAGAUGAAGGACUUCGAUACACCUCGGAUGUUCUUCUACCGUCUGAACCAUGCUGCUAAGAAGGAUGGGAUCCCGUAUCUGAGACCGACCGUCGAUCGCGAGGCUCACAUCCGACGUUUUAUCAAGGCUUUGACUGAAUCAAGGCUGAGGACUACUCUUCAGUGA